AUGUAUAUUUUCCCCAUUUGUAUUUCUUCUUCUAGCCCAGAAAGCCGACUUGUUUUCCGCUUCCACGACUUCACACACUUCCUGAUCAGUUUCUUCUCUUUACCCCUCCUCCUCUUUCUCGCUCUCUUACUUUCGUUUCUUCUUCGAUCACCAACAAGCUCUUCCUCCUCACCUACUAAAUUUUUCACCCGACCCCCAUCCCCACUCCUAAUAACUGCCACCGUCACUACUACGUAUCAUUUCCGCUUCCGGGAUUUUCAACAAUUUGCAACGGCUUCGUCACAAGCAUUUUUAUCACUUCCAAUCUAUCUAUCUAUCUAUCUAUCUAUCUAUCUAUCUAUCUAUCUAUCUAUCUAUCUAUCUAUCAACUUACUUCUUUCUUUAUUUUUGAGACUAUUCCCUUUUCUUUUCUUUUCUUUCUUUCUUUCUUUCUUUCUUUCUUUCUUUCUUUCUUUCUUUUUCUUUCUAUAG